UAUAAACUAGUGUUGUUUGGAGCUUUGAAUCGGAAAUGUUUCCAUUGCCAACGUGACUGUGAAAUCAAUUGAGGUGGAAAGCGUAACCAUUAUUAAGGACUUUAAAUAUUUUACCUUGCCUCUUUAUCUGGUGAGAGACCACAGCUGGACUUGGUGCAUUUUCAAUAAUACUACGAGUGAUGGAUCGCAGUAGCCUGCUCUCUGUACCAGGUAACUUUGAAUCGCCACAGAUGCAUCAGCUGUCAGAGCAAUUAGAGACAAUCCCCAGCUGUGAAGCAGCAAGGUCCAUGGUCACUGCAGAGACCUCCAUCACAGCAUGCAAGAAGGUCCUGUGCAGUAAUAGUCUAUUAGACUCUGCAGAAUAUUGGCUGCACAAUGAGAAGGAACUCUGCCAGGUUGGAUUCCUGGAGGAUAAGGGAAGAAGCAAUUGCCCCACGAUCUGCUUUGUAAACCUUGAUGGAGUGGAUACAAAUAUCAAAAGUAAAGAACUGCAGCAGAAAUUAGAUACUGUAUCACCUGACCUCCCACACCUCAUCAAUUCGUUGAACGUUUGCCAGAUGAAAGACAAUGAACUUAUCCUUGUGCGUGGUUUAAUUGCUCCAGGAAGCUGUUUGGAUAAUGCAAAUCAUUCCCAGGUUCAAAAAGAUGAAUCCACCAAAUAUUUGGAAGAGGAGUCCGUCCCGCCUCCUGCACAGUGCACGCGACCCCCAGAUGUCUGUUUGGUUCAAUCAGCCAGGAGGUGCCGAAAGAAUGACGUGGCCUGUAUUAUAUACGAAAUCAACAAAUGCAUGAUUGGCCUGAAUUAUUUCAAAGGAAGGAAAAAACAUCCUGUCAGCACUGCCAAUUGGAAAUCAGAGGAGGAGACUAAUUAUUCAGGUUCAUCCAUCGAGGAGGACUUCCUCACUGCCUCUGAACAAUUCAAUGAUGAGCAAGAUGAAGCCAACAAUGAUCUAAAAGAUCCUCUGAAGAUCAAUGGGUUUGAUACAGCACGAGGCAUUAAAAAUACAAAAGCAAAAUCUCGGGUUCUCCUGCAAAUGCGACAAAAAACAGACAAUUUAUUUCGUCAAAAGGCAUGCAGUCUCCAAGAUACUUCAGCAUACAAGUGUGCAGAUGAAGAGAUCGCUGGAAAUGUCCCAUUACUUUGCUGUGAGGACAACUACGUUCCUGCAGAAAGGGAUGGAGAAAGGCUUAAGUCAGAAAGAAAUGUCCGAGAAGAAGCACUUGCCUUAAAGACUCCUCAUGGCAACCACUUUGCAAAUUCAAAUGUGGAUGAACACAACUCUUACACAAUUGAGUGUGCUGGUGCAUGUCUUCAGACCAACUCUGCAGCAGCACUAGUAGAUACAUGGAAUACAAUAGAUAAACAUAGUUCCUCUCCCUCUCCUGAGGAGAAUCAUUGCAUGGAAGGUGCUUACGCUUCAAAUUUAGCAGAAUCUGUCUUACAGGAUGCCUUUAUUAGACUGUCUCAGUCAGAGCCCACUUUUACAACAGAGGCUGCGGUCAGCAUCUCCGCAGAAAGUGUUGAUGGCCUUUCACCCAGCGAUCCAAAGGGAAGUGCUGCAAAUCCUUCUUGUCCGUGGAAUGUACUUCCUAAAAUUGUUAUUGUACAAAGUCCAGACAAUAGUGACAAUGCUUCAGAAUGGCAAGAACCUUGCAGACCUAUAACAGCUUCUUGCUUGGACUCUGAUCCAUUAAGUGAAACUCUAGGUUAUGCACAGGAACACAACAUUGACCAGAACAAUUCUGAGUCAACUGGAUUGCCUCCUAAUUCUGUAGAAGUAGCUCUGGUCUAUGCAGCAAAUGUUGUAGGGACUAUUUCAAGUCCGUAUAUUACUGAGAGUCUACAGCUGGACCAAGCCUUAUAUGAUGGAAGAGAGAAUUUGCCUUGCAAUAGAGAAAAUGGAGAUGGAGCCUUACCAAGUGAUUCUGAAUGUGAUAACAUGAACUUCUCCUUCUCAUCGGCUCUCUACGGUGUGACCCAGGUGGCCAGCGCCAUAGGUGUAGCAGGGCUAAGUGAUGAGCCAGAUGUGAGCUUUUCUGUAGCUUCAAGUGGCCUCCUGUCCGCAGCUGAAACCUCCGGUGCAGUGGCCCUCCAGUGCAGUGUGAGUGUUGGAAGCCGCAUAGACACAUUUGCCCAUAACAUUGCAGAGGUACUAUUCAAAGAAGCAGCUACUGUUCUUACAAAGACAGACAAUUACAGAAGCGUCGGUGAAUUAAUGGAAUCUGUAGACCAAAAAAUAACAGAAACAGUGACACGACCAAACGUCUCCCAUUGGGAGGAAUUGCCAAAGGAUGAUUUUGCCUUGAAUAUGUCAAAUUUAAUUCUAAAACAUUCUUUUGAAGAAGCAAAUAGCAAAGUGGGAAUGAUAUAUCAAGAAAAGGAAAAUAAUUUGGGUGUAAAUCCAACCAACAUAUUUAUUGAAAGUGCUAAUAAGUCUCUCUUCAGUAUAUUAUAUUUCACUUGCAGGAAGAUCAAAGAUAUUGUCAGGCACAGUGAUGUUACCAUGCUUUUUCAGGAUGAUAGAAUAAAAAACAGUAAGGAUUCAGAAAUAACCAACAUACAAGAAGGAAUAUCUGUUAACCAUAACCCCAAUGACAGAGAUGAAAACUUAAAUCAUGUACCCUCUGGUCGAGGGAACCUGACAGACUCCAUAACCUCCUAUGAGAAAAGAUGCGUAGGACCUGAUCUGUCACAGCAAAUUAAUCUGAACGCAAUGCAGUCUCUCAGCAGACGAGGUAGUGACUGUGCAAAUAUUGCACACAAUUUGACCAACCAGCUGACAUCGGGGAAUACUGGAGCUGCGGUCACCAGUACUGCUGUCCCACAACAACAGCAGAAUAUAUGUGACAAAGAUACAACUUCAUCUUUCUCCACUGAUGCUUUUGACAUGGAGAGCCGAUGUGGUAGUGGAGUUCAGCCCCGUACGUCUGACUACAUCAGUACACUUACAGACACGAGAGCCCAACCUCACCCAGGUAAAAAUCAGAACAACCUUAUGAUGAAUCCACAAAGUACAUUAAGCCCAUCUAAAUCUCCGUUCCAUGUUGAAAAGUCAACAGAUACAAGCCUAACAGUAAAUGGGUUUGCUGACCAGAUAUCAAAGACAGUUGUUUCCAUGGCAACGGAAAUGGCAGCUAUUUGUCUUGAAAACACAAAUGCCAAGCAGCCAUGGUUUUGUCCGUGGAAAACAAGGCUCUGUGACCACAAGAGAUUUAUCGUCCCACAGGCCUCCUCAUCAAAAGCUCUCGGUAGGGGUAAAGAAUCUCAGACUACAACUGUCAAGAGACUUAAGCCUCCCAGACUUAGUGAAAUCAAAAGAAAAACACAAGAGCAACCUGAGCUAAAGGAAAAACUAAUGAACAGAGUGGUUGAUGAAUCAUUGAACUCUGAUGAUGUCUUAGACCAAAUCAACAACUUUGCCCAGGAGGUGACGGCUAAAAUAGUGAAUUCAGCUGAACUAACAGUGAUUGACUCUGUGAGGCAAGGACAAGGGCUAAUGAGAAACAGGCUACUGACGGACAGGUGGAGCAGAGGAAAAGGGUCCAGUUAUGAAAGCAUCCCAGAAGAGGACACAGAUUCUAACAGUUCGUGGGCUGCCCUUGGUGCCUUGACUAAAUUUGGUCAGCCCAACAGCCGGGCCAGUUCAGUCUCAAAGCAGUCAAGCUGUGAGAGUAUCACCGACGAGUUUUCCAACUUCAUGAUGAAUCAGAUGGAAAGCGAAGGCUGGGGAUUUGACCUAUUGUUGGAUUACUAUGCCAGCAAGCAUGCCAGCAAUAUUUUAAAUGCAGCCCUGCAGCAGGUGUGCAGAAAGAAUGGGCACCUUGGUGUAAGUACAACGUGUCUGUCAAAGCAAUCUAGUACAGAGAGUAUAACAGAAGAGUUUUACAGGUACAUGCUCCAUGAACUGGAGAAAGAAAGCAAAGAGACAAAAGCCAACAAAGAGUUCCACAAUAUGUUGGUUCCCCCUGCUGGGCGAGGGACUUCAUGUUUCAGGCAGUCCUCAAUGCCUGACAGACAAGCAUCAGAGGGAAGGUUAACAGUGACUCCACCUGUGAAAGCAAACUCCUUUGACGGCUUUGCCCAGAAUGAUCGCAGAAACACCUUGCAGGUAAAUCUAGGUAAUGUGCCAUUGUCUGCUAACCUGUACAAAUCCUUAACAGACUCUUGUUUAUACCGGAAGAACAAAACUGACCACAUUACUGACAUGCUGAUAAGUGAAACUUGGUCCAAUUCCAUUGAGGCACUAAUGAGGAAAAAUAAAAUUAUCUGCGAUGACGCUGACAUUCAGAGUGCUGAACAGUUGUCAGGUGGUGCACAGCAAUUUGAUAAAGAGAAUCCCACCAAUAUAGUUACAGACACCAUUAAAAGUGGGAAAUCAAUCAGCAGCAGCCAGCAGGGUUCCUUAGCAACUUUAACCCAUGACUGUGGCACUGAAAGCAAAAUAUGUGAUUCAGACCUCGCUCACAGAGUGGAGGAAGCAAAAUCGGUGACUGACAAGAAAUCCUUCACUUCACACGAGUGGGCAGCCGUGAAGAAAAAGAAAUCGUCUCACUGCCCAAGGGAAGUUCCUUUAAUUCAUAUAGAGAAUGAUCAAAAGGAAGAGAGAAACCAGUCUUCUCAUGGGAAGGCUGUCAGCAGUACUAAAAGACAAGCGGAAAGGAAACUUCUAGAAGCUGAUUCGGAAGGACAAACUGAAUCUGGUUCUCUGGUGUACAGCUUUAUGAAGAAUCCAAUAACAACAGAGAAAGCCACAUCAGAAGAGAAUCCUUGCAGUUUAAGCACCAGUGAUGAUAGCAUGGGAAGCUGGUCACAGCUCAUUAAUGAAGAGGACCACGCAGAAGACAGCAGUAGCUAUCUUCAUCUCAGUGAGAGCAAUGGGAAUAGCAGUGCUUCAAGUAGUCUUGGUCUAGUGGAUCUCGAUGCCUAUCAGGAAAACCUCUCGAUACGUACUUUACCCAGUGAAAUCAUCAGUGAAAAGGACACAGUGAAAGAGAACCAAGAAAGUUUGGAUGAAAAUACAUCGCAGAUGGCACUUGACACAAUCAACUGCCAUAUGGAUUUUCUUGUGCUGAACUUUGACCUAAGCCCUGAAUGUGUCGAUUCCGAAUUGAGAGCAAUUUUACAGUGGAUAGCAGCUUCAGAACUUGGUUUUCCAGUGAUUUACUUCAAAAAAUCUCAGGAAAAUAGGAAUCAAAAGUUUUUAGAUGUUAUCCACUUUGUUGACCAGAAAGCCUGGAAGCUCAAAGAUCUGUUUCUUGCAAUCAUACAGUUCUGUGAACUACAAGAAGAGGGAGGAAGGCUUCCAACAUGCAGUCUGUUUGACUGGCUCCUUGAAUUUGGCUAAAUAUUAACUCACAUUUUUGAUCAUGUAGGUAGAAAGAAAUAAUAUUUAGUUUGAAACUCUUUGGCACUGGAGUUAAUUUGUAUGAAUAUUUUAAAGCCAGGUUGUGAUUUUUGAAGUGACUAAUCAAAAAUUAGCUGGGUAACACCAAGUAGUACUGUAUACGAGAUGUGAAACCAGCAGUUUGAUUUAUGUCAAAGAAGAAUUUGUUAUACUUACCCAAGAUAUGGUGUUCCUGCCAUGUAAUAAUUGCAGAGUUGAUGCGACCAUUUAUGUUUAAAUGUGGAUAAGUAUGUUAUUUCAUCACCAAAGCAGUCUCACCAUUGCAGUGGAGACACAGUGUAUGUACUUUUCAACUUAAGUGUAUGAGAGCUUUCACAAUGCAAAACUACAGUCAAAGCUGAAUACAUUAUCUUUUAUCUGAUCGGUACUGUACAUGUGAAGAUGAAGACACUGACAUUCACAAGCCAUAUAGCAUCAGACAAGCCUGUACUGUAUAUGUAAAUUUGUGUGGCAUGUAUUUGAGCAGAUUUGGAUAGACUUAUUAAAAUUGAACAUUGGAUGUACAGCAAGCUUGUUUGUCUGAUCAUCCAACCUUUCAGUUAGUGAACAGUUUCAGAUAGCUGCCUAAAAAUUAUUUUAAGGUACAGAUGCUGUUUACUCUGCUGAAAUACUCACACAAUAUUAGUUCAAACAUUAGAAUGUAAUAGAAAGAAAUGCUGCAUAUCCAAACCAAAACCUUUGCCAAAUUAGUGCUACCUAGCUAGUACUAAAAUGGUUUCACUCUUUGGCAGCACAAACAAAUUAAUGAGAAUUAUUCCAGUUGGACACUGCAUAAAAUAAUUCCGAAAUUUAUUGAAACUAGCCCAGUAUGAUAAAUGAAAGGAGAAUAACAACAGUAAUUUUUGCAGGGGCAUACUUCAGAGAUAGCAGAAUUGUUGUGAGCAGUUUCUUUUAGGUCCAAUUAUUUAUUUAUUUUCAAAAUAUUGUCAUUUUUCUGAAAUAUCAAAUUUUAAAAAGCACAACUGAGAGGGAAACCUUAGCAUACAUCACUAUUAAAGAUUUUUAAAAUAUUGUAUUUCAUUAAAACAAAUAUUUGAGGUAAAAUAAUUGGAUUUUGUAUUAAAAAAAUACAUGGGUUUAUUUGUAAUACUUAUUUCCAGUUACUUUGCUAGAAAUAGUCACAUAUUUUAUUCUGAGAAUUUAUUAUGGUGCCCUGGCUAAGACAGUAAAAUAGAUUUUAAAAUAUGCACAUAAAAUUGCCACUCAAUUCUUGUUUGGAUUUAGUGCUCUACCACAAACUAAAUGUGGUAAUACUUUCUGGAUUACUAUUAGAACUUUGUAUGAAACCAAACUAUGUUAAUGUUAUUUCGUGAAACUGACUCAUACUGUAUUUAUUCACAAUAAAUAUUGAUUAAAAGUGUCAGGACUGGAUUUGUCCCUUUGAGCCCUAAAGUUCUUCCUAUUUUCUCCUCUACUAAUGAUAAUGUUGAAAACAAUUUUCUUUUUCUGGCCUUGUUAGAAGGAAGGCAGACGAUUAAGAAAUCAUGUCACAAAGAUUGACACACAUGAAUACUGUGAUCAUCUUAAUUUAAUUGAAUUUAAUGUUAACAUUAUAAGCAUCAUAACAAUCAACCCGAUGGUCUUGAAAAUUUUCAGGUUCUGAUUUGAUCGGGUAGAUAAUCUGCAUCUACAUAAAUUAUGGCAGUGGCGCGGCUGGGAAUAUCCAAAUCCAGGCGGUUUCUAGUUCUAGUCCAUAAUAACCACACAAGAGACUGAAAACUUGUACCUGCCUAUCCUAUGAUUUACUGUAGCUAGGAUCAGUAUUGGAUACUGUA